AUGGCAAGUGUGGACUACGUCUUCAAGACUAUCAAUUAUGGCACCAAAACGGCAAACCUGACAGCUACCGUGCACUUGCCCAAAGACAAAACUUCAGCGAAGGCAAUUGCGUUAUACUUCCAUGGCGGCGGGUACAUCGUCGGUAGCCGAGCAAUGCUACCGUCUACACACAUCGAAGCCCUAAAUGAGAAAGGAUUCAUCGCCGUGUCCUCAGACUAUCGUCUGGGUCCUACUAUCUCCGUGCUGGACGGUCCAGUGAGCGAUUCAGUUGCCGCGUAUGAAUGGGCACAGAACGAGCUUCCCACACUGCUAGAGAAAGAACAUGGUAUCCGAGUAGAUGGGAAAAACAUGGUCACUCUCGGCCAUUCUUGCGGUGGAGGUCUUGCUUUGUUGAUGGCUUCCCGCCCUAAUCCACCAAAAGCUAUCCUCGAUCUAUUCGGAUUCAAAUGCCUCCGUGACCCCUUCUAUCACACCGGCACCAGCACUAAGCCCCAACUUGAUGCGCCCGCUCUACCCUCAGCCGAAUUCAUCAACCAGGUCUUCAACGAGAUCCCCCCGCCUACCGCAGCGCGUCCGCCCUUCGGACCAAAUGGACUCGAUCUGAGCACGCCGCGCCAGGCUUAUCUGAUCACUUCUGUUAGGAAGGGAACUCAAUUUGACGCGAUCAUCGCCGAGGAUGAGUAUGAUCUUGUAGAUCCGGUGAAAUUGUUGAAGAGUCAUAAUUUCCCGCCGACGUGUUUCGUGCAGGGAACGGCUGAUGUUGUUGUUGAUGCGAAGUUUUCUCAAUGGGCUUAUGCGGAGUUGCAGAAGAAUGGGGUGCAAAGUGAACUGUAUCUUGUUGAGGGUAUGGCUCACGGAUUCGAUGCGAGGUUGAAGCGUGGAGAUGCUGCUUUCGGGUCUAUCCAGAAAGGCGUGGACUUUUUGGCGGAGCAUGUUGUCGGUUGA